CAGAAAAUUUAAUGUCUCUCGAAUUUAAGCAUCAUAAAAACUUGGACGAAUUCGAUGACUUCAAACAAUAAUCACUCACAACUUCAAUACGAUACAGACUAAAUUAACUUACUCGUAAAGAAAAUUCCGUUUUGUUUUGCUUGAUGACGUCAGAAUUCGUGGCUUUUAUUUCAACAUUUUAAUUACAUUUAUUUCUUCAUCAACAGCUGUUACGUCGACUUGUUCUAAAUAAUGAAUGCAACAUCAACAUUGAAUGAAAUUCAUAGACUUCAAACCGGCUUUCAAAUACUGGCAGCUCUGCAGCUAACUGGGUAUCUUUGGCCACAAGAAGCGGUUAUUCAAGAUGGUGCCAAGUAUGAUUUCAUUGUUGUCGGCGCUGGAUCUGGUGGAUGCGUGGUCGCUAAUAGACUGUCGGAGAUUAAAAACAUCAAUGUAUUGCUGAUUGAAGCUGGAGGAGAUCCCCCAAUAGAAUCUGUUAUUCCAAGCUUAAACCUAUUUAUGAAGGUUUCAAAAGUAGACUGGAAUUACACAUCCGUCCCGAUGUAACAAUGAAAUACAUGAAAAAUCAAGUCGUCCAGGUUACAAGAGGGAAAAUGCUCGGUGGGACUAGUUCUAUCAAUUUAAUGGCCUACACGAGAGGUAAUUGCCAUGAUUGUGAUACAUGGGCCAAAAUUGUUAAUGAUACAACUUGGAAGUGGGAGAACGUGCUACCGUACUUCAUCAAGAGUGAAAGACUUGAUGAAUCCGAUCUAAAUUGUGUUGACAAAGAACUUCAUGGUACUGAAGGUUAUUUGGGCGUCAGCACACAACACAAUGAUGUGACAUCUGAAUACUUGAAAGCUUUUUCUGAAGUCGGUCAUGAUAUCGAAUACGGGAUAAAUGGAGACAAACCAGUUGGUUUUAGUGAGCCAUUAUUUACAAUUGCAAAUGGAACACGACAAAGUGCUGCUUUAGCAUUUCUCUCAAAUUUUCAGGAUCGUACUAAUCUACAUGUUUUGAAGAAUGCUUUAGUUACAAAAAUUUUGUUCGAUGACAACAAAUGUGCAACUGGUGUUGAAUUAAUAUUAAAUGAUAGAUUGUUGACAAUAAGAGCAACUAAAGAAGUAAUCGUGUCUGCAGGUGCUAUCAACUCUCCUCAAUUGUUGAUGCUUUCAGGAGUUGGCCCUCGGCAGCAUUUAAAACAUAAAAACAUCAAGGUUAUAUCUGAUUUACCAGUAGGACAAAAAAUGCAAGAUCAUAUUUACGUUCUAGUUGUACAUAAAAUGGGUAAAGAGAUUUUAAAUAAGAAACCAGUUGAUCCUUCGAAAUAUCCAUUACCUUUAAUCAUAGGAUACGCAGCUUUGAACAAGACUCAAAAGUAUCCUGACUACGAGAUAACGACGGCUAUUUUAAAUGACAAGAAUGAUUUUAUGCCUUCUUGUGUGUUUUUCUUGAGCUUAAAAGACGAAAUCUGCCAAGAUUAUUAUGACCAUAGUGGUAACCGGCAAUUGAUGUAUACAUUGGUGAGUUACUUAUAUCCGAAAUUUCGCGGCCAAAUUCUGUUGAACACAACAAAUCCUCGCGAUCAACCUCUCAUUUACCCUAACUAUCUCACAGAAGAAAAAGAUAUAGAAAACCUUGAAAAAUAUGUUAAAGAUUACCUCAAAGUUACGAACUCUAGCGUCUUCAAAAGUGUUAAUUCAGAGCUUAUAAUUCCAAGGGCUUGUAACUGCGUUCCUGAUCAAAGUUUUUGGAAAUGUUACGUGAAAUGCCUGGUUAUCUCUGGCUAUCAUUUUUCCGGUACUUGUGCUAUGGGUGAAGUGGUUGAUUCUAGGUUAAGAGUCUACGGAGUAAAAAAACUGAGAGUCGUGGAUGCCAGUGUGAUGCUCCGAAUACCUGGAGCCCAUACCAACGCACCAACUAUAAUGAUCGGCGAAAAAGCAGCCGAUAUGAUAAAAGAGGACCAUGAGCUGCUGUUGCUGUAAAAUUUAAAACAGAACUAAUUUCUAAAUAAAAACGUUAUUGUUCAUGUAUUUUUCAGUAAUGUAA